UGCCCAAUUUUAGAUCAGUGUGUGACAAUUUUUUUUUAUUGAUAACCACCGUGUAUUUACUUACGCCGAGCUCCGAGCUCAAUUAAAAUCACCACUCAGCCCGAAAGGCGUGCUAUAUAGUGCAUGCAUUAUAUAACGCAGUUGUUCUUCCUGUGUGUGCGUGAACCGUACGUGUGCUAUUUGUUUACAAUUUACACACACUCGUUCAAUGUCGGCUGCCGCUUCUCACCGCCACGCACGCAGGUCAGCUCGAGAAGUUGUUCAUGAAUAAUGGAGAACGUUACAUGAUUGUCUGGACGUGAUCAUUCCCUCGCAGAGUUCAUAGGCCCUACGUUAUUUAAAACCAUGAUAGAAGAGCAUGGUAUUGGUGAAAGGUGACUGUAAACUAUGAUAUACAUCUGUGAUAUGGCAUCAUUUGCACCACUUUUCCUUCUCUAAACUUCCACAUGAAAGAUAAUCUCCCCAUGGAGGCUAUGAGAGCACACAUCACCUCAUGUCAAAAGAAUGGCAAGGAGGGCCCAGUCGCUGGCUACUCCAAGAGAACUUUGAAGGAACUCGACGAUGUCCCCAUGGAUGACCUCAUUGAGGACCCUUUUGCUACCGAUGAUCCAUCAGGCAGUGAGGGCGAUGACGGGUGGAUAGAAGACUCUGAUGAAGAAGUCCCGGCUUUGCGGAAGCUUUCCGAUGUCAACGACGAUAUCGACGAUGGGGAUGAUGAUUCAGACUUCAAUUAUGAUGAGACAUUUUUGUCGACAUCAAAUAAAUGCGCACAUGAUACUUCAGUUGAUAAGAACAUCGAAUAUGAAGUAGCAAAACAGCCAGAGUCCACAGAUUUUGUGAAAGAGGGAACAAUCAUUGACUUGCUGGAACAAAAUCACGAACAUGUCAGAAAGGAGCUAGCAAAGACACAGAGUUCAGUGUCAGUACUCCCCAAAGAUGAGACAAGCAAAAUGCAGAAGAGUAGCGAGCGUAGGAGGAAACAGGUGUUAAUACCCAGAGACAAGAUGAUUAAGAAGACCUCUGUGGUUCAUUCUGACCCAACUUUACACCUUCAGCAAAACACACCAACUUCCCAAAGUAAGGCAGUAGCUUCACAUGAAAUUCAAAGCUCUGCUAACAAGCUUAAGGAUCUUAACAAGAAGACCAUCAGUGGUGCUGGUCAAAAAGAUGGUAAUGCCUUAUACUUCACACUUUGGCAUCCAAAAAACAGUGAGGUCAAAACCACUUCACAAUUGCAGAAUGUUAACUCCGGAUUGGAGAAGUCAGUUCCAAGGGCAACAGUCACCAAGCAAAUUGAAUCACUGAAAAGCGAUCACGUCAGGGAACACGUCAGGAACUUGGCAGCAAACGACGGAACAAAUAGCAGUGAUAAGGUGCACAGAGGAAAACAAGUAUUAGAAACCAUUGCUGAAAAGGAAUCAACAUCUAAACCCGGCUCAAUUCUUCCUCUACCUACAGCACAAGAAACCUUGGGUACCAUUCUUAUAUCACGUAAGGUUAAGAAGGAAAGGUGUGAGGUGGUCACAGGAAAGUCAGCCAAAUCUGAAAACGGUAAUAAAACGCAGGCUCCGAAGCAAAUCAUUGUUGAAUCGCACGAGGGACACCAGUCUUACCCCCAAGUCCUGCCAACCUCGAGCGUCAAAGACAGUACGAAGGACGGUAAACUGUUGGGUGGCGAUAAGGGUAGUAAGAAGAAGUACACGUCGGUGGAAGAGUAUGUUGAAGACCUCAAAAGGAUGAUGCAAGAGAAGGGUAUUUCGAACAUGGUAGUGCAUGGUCCUAAACGUGUUAUUUCGGAUGUUACCAAAAAGUUGAAUGCUGUCACUCUUCCGCCUACCUCUGUCUUUUGCAAGGCUCCCUUCGCGAAUAAAGAACUCCUGAAACUUACUACCGUGAAUGAAGAACCCCUGAAACUUAAUUCCUCAGUACCUACCGCGAAUAAAGAACCCCUGAAACUUAAUCCUUCAGUACGUACCGCGAAUAAAGAACCCCUGAAACUUAAUCCCACGGUACGUACCGCGAAUGAAGAACCCCUGAAACUUAAUCCCUCGGUACGUACCGCGAAUGAAGAACCCCUGAAACUUAAUCCUUCAGUACCUACCGUGAAUAAAGAACCCUUGCAACUUAAUCCCUCACUACUUCCCGUGAAUAAAGAACCCCUAAAACCUCAUGUUUCACUACCUACAGAACCAAAGUUUGGUGAAUCCAACAAAUCUAAAGAAUCAUCAGUGAAGAAUGAACGACCAGUUAUGACCCCAAGUUCAGUACGCAUGCCUGCUCUUGUAGUUGGAGCGUCCAUUAAAGACUCUACACCAACCGGCAUCAGUAAACGUGUAGUUGAAUCAAAAGAUUUGCCAACCACUCUGUCCACACAUGUCAUCAAGGAACCCAACAUCAUCAAGAAAAGCGACUCUUUGAACGUCAAGGGAACUGCACCAAAUAAAAUGACUUCUGUAAGUGGUACCUCUAACUCUACUGGACCUGUGCAGCUGCUGCAACCGGGAAACAAUCUUGUUCGGUAUAUUGUAACUUGCCCCAAUGGUCAGAGAAAAAUUCUCCAGGUACCUGGAGGCAUUCCUGGUGUGAGCAACAAAACUGGCUCAGGUCAGCCCCGGAUAUUACUAUGUAAGUCUAGUGUAGAUCUGAAUGUUGGUAGUGUUAUGGGUCCGAAAGGAAAUGCACCGGCAAGCAGCAGCCCGGUGAAGGUCAUAACUAAAGUCUUUUCGUCGGGUGCCAAAGUAAAAAAGAUAAGAAUAGUAAAUAAGUCUCUCUUGUCUGAUCUGCAAAGAAGCCACACUGUGCCCAAUGACAACAAGACAGACCCUCUGAAAAUGACAAUCAAGAAGAAUAUUUACCAGAAAAACAUAGUGUCUAAUCAAGAUGGGACGUAUGUAUUCACUCAAAAGGCAGCAAAGGAGCACAGACAACCAGAGGACCAUUCUACCAAGGUUUCCAAAGACCAAAAUAAGACUGUGGUUAAACAUGAUACAGAAUGUUCCGCAUCGCUUGACACAACGGGUGAUAUUUGCCGAUCCAGUGAUAAUCUUGGGAGCAACUCAACUUCCCGACGGAAAAGUCGGCGGGACAGAAAAGUAUCAAGGCCGUACUCUCCUCCACCACAGAAGAAGAGAAAAGUGACGCCCUCAUCGUCACCGUCAAACCCAGUGAAUUCACCUGGUGACAGGGGCUGCCCUGGCCUGCCUUCGCGUCCUAAACCUUCACCACGACCUGUUGUCGUUUUGAAGAAAGAACUAGACAUUCCACGUGAUGUGACGUUCUCGGGCGAUGUAAUGGGAGAUUUUCCUGCAAAGGGAAUAGGGAUAGCCAUUAAAUCCGAACCACUUUCCGAUGAUGAGGCCAUAAAUGCUCUUGAAUCUAGCCCGAGUCGUAUUGAGAACAGGGCUGUUAAAACCGAACCGGAUUACGAUUCCGAUUCUACAGAUAUUCCAACCGAUCCGGAGGACAUUGAGGAAGACGAUGUUCAUGCUAAUACCAAGCCUAAAGAGCAGCUUCCAGAAACUACGUCAGCCACUGACAAUUGUGGGCUCCCGAAGGUUUCCGAAACGGAGUUCUUGUCGCGAGCCGAAAAAAUGCGUCUUCUCCAACAGCGGAUUGAAGAGCAGGAGUCCAUCCUUGAGAACAUCAAGAAACAACGGCAUGAAUUAGAAAUGCAGAGACAGAAUAAUCCUUAUUUAGAAGAUCUCAUGUGACUUGGUAUAUACCCAACCCAUCCUUGAUAAAAGAAUAGAAAAAUUAAGGUCAGUGGUAAGAAUAGUAUUGUUAUACACUAAUAGUACUCGGUCUAAUACCAUUUUUGCUGUUUCUGUUACUAAGAGAUUUAUUUGUCCUUUAACUCCAUGCUACCCUCAUUAUCUUUUUUUUUGUGACGUCACGUUUUGGGCGUCUUGCCUAAUAUCAAAAUACCCUGGUGCUGCCAAUAUUGAGAAAAAUUAUGGUAAUGAUAAUAAUAAUGAUUGUAAUAAUAAUUAUAUCAUUAUAAUUGGCAUUGUUAUUAUAGGUUUUCCCGUCCAAUUU